GUCAGCUAUUUACAUAGGAAUCCUAGGGACGCAUCUUUGCCUGCGUUGUUGGGGUUCCGUCGGUAUACAUGUCAACGAACUCGCUGGUGGUAACAGCGGGAACGAUAUAGUGUGCUCCCUUCGUGAUAUUUUUCUACUCAAUGGCGUGGGAUGAAGUGACACAUAUUAUAUACAGUGGCAAAUUCCUUGUUGACUUUAUUGUAACCUCUGUCUUGGAAAGUGUUAUUUUACUCUAAAAAUAAUUUCGAAUAACGAAAAAAUGAGUUCGCUGGAUUGGGAAGAAGUUAAGAGACUGGCGGCUGAUUUUCAAAAAGCACAACUCAGUUCCACACUGCAAAAAUUGUCUGAGAGGAAUUGUAUCGAGUUGAUAACAAAAUUGAUUGAAUUAAAUCUACUCGAAGUCAUUUUCACUGCCGAUGGAAAGGAAUACAUCACCCCACAACAUUUAGAAAAAGAAAUUCGUGAUGAAGUGUACGUGCAUGGUGGGCGAAUAAACUUAGUAGACUUGACAAAAAUUUUGAAUGUUGAUUUGGUACAUAUCACGAAAGCUGCGAAUGAAAUUGAGAAACAUGAUAAGGCUGUCAGAAUUAUUUCGGGGCGUCUAAUUAUUGACAAGACUUACAUAGUUAAAAUUGUAGCGGAAAUUAGUGAUAAAUUAAAUCAAAUUGGAUUCAUCAAUACUGCGGAAUUGUCGCUGCAUUAUGAUCUACCAGACAAUUUUCUACAGACAGUGGUGGAAAAAGCGUUGGGAAAGACGAUUCAUGGUACGCAGGACAAGCAGGACCCGAAAAUUUUUUAUACCCAGGGAUUCAUUACUACAAACAAGGCUAAGAUGAACGGAGCCUUCUCCGCUAUCACUAAACCUACACCACUAAGUGCUGUUAUGGGACAGUGCAAUGUACCUGAAAAAAUAUUCUUUGCAAUCCUUGAUGAUCUACAAGGUUCAAUGCAGAUAGCAGGUGUCAUAUCUGGCAAACAAGGUAGCAAUGGAAUUUACGUACCGACGAUCUACUCAAAAAAUCAAUGCGAAUGGGUCGAUAAUUUCUACAAACAGAAUGGUUAUCUCGAAUACGAUGCCCUAACACGUCUCGGACUUUCCGAUGCUAAGAAUUUCGUGAAACGUCAUUUCAUCCACGAGAAUCUAACUCUUCUCGAUACUGUCGCUGUUGGUGCGGCAAUAAUCGAUCAGGUGGACGCCAACGUGGAAGAAACCAUCGCCACUAGCUCAUUCACCGACAUUUACCCUUUACUGCCCUCAGUUUUCACCCCAGAGGACAUAGAAACCCUUCUGAAGGAUUCACAAAAGCGUUUCCACAUAAAAUUCCAUAUAUUUGCAACGACUGUGAUUGUCUCGGAAGCAUUUUUACAGCUUUUGAACGAACCCUUGAAGUUAAAAGCCGAGGCGAGAGCGAAAGACGCUGUAGAGAACGGUAAAUGGUUGCAAUACAUUGCUGAAAGUAAAAUUAAAUCCUCAAAAAGUACAGACGCUGUCAGAAACGAUAAGAAAGACGAAAGGAGAAAGAAAGCAUCGAGUGGAAAAGCGGGUGGUGGUAGCCAAGGUCGAGAGACUAAGACAAAAUCAACAAAAAAAAAGUAUAACUUCUCGAAAAAUCAAGAUUACGAGUCAGAUGACGAGAGCACAGGAAAAAACAAUGAAAAACUUGAACUAAUUCUUCUCACUGAUGAGGAUAUCAAAGAAGAAUUGAAUAAAGACGAGAAUCUGUCGGAAAUUGAUAACCUUGUGAGCCAAUUGACAGAAUAUUUGCAACCGAAAUUGAAUAAACAAGCAUUAACUAUGGCGGAACAAUUUGCUCUAACAACGAAGUCGAAUAAUUUAGGUGAAGUCGAGGAAAGGUUGAACGUGUUGAUAACAAAUAUGCGAAUAUUUGACAAGGGGAUAAAGUGCAUUUCGAAUAAAGAAACACAAAUUCAACUAUCGAAGUAUCUGAUGAAGACUUUGGGGGUGGAUUUUGUCACUGAUAUAUUUAAAUUGGCUGCACAGCAGAAUAUUAUCCAGUGUCCCAGUGCCUUGACGACAGAGGCAAGGCAGAAAAUGCUCCUGGAAUUGCCAGGCGAUGUGAGAGAGCCCUUGAGUAAUAUUCACAAGGCCACUGGGAAGGGAUCUGUUGAAGAGUUUUUUAAUGCCAUUGAACCAACAAUGGCCACUUGCUGUUUGGUCCUGAAGAAGUUUGAUAAAAAAAGAGAGAAGGCGGUUGUCUCAGGACACAGACAAGCGUUGUUGGAACAACUAAACUCUACUAAUGAUCCCGCUCUCGCCUUGCAUCUAGUUACGAGUAUUUUAUUCACUGCAAUCACGCAAUGUGCUCUUCACAUGUCAGGAAGACAUGUGUCUCUUGUUCUUGGCUUUCUGCAGACACAUUUGGAAGCUGAAGCUGUGGAAAAAUUGUCACACUAUCACGAUUUGGUUCUUACGCUAUUAAGCUCUUCCGAGGAAGAAUCGAAGCUGGAAAUUCGUAAAAAUCUCGAAGGAGAUUUACCAGGACUCAAAGACAUGGCCAAUUAUUCGAAAAAAACACCUACCUAGUGAUAAAUAGGGGCCAUUCCUUGCAAUACAUUUUUUACCGCCAAUUCCAACAUACAAUAUUUUAUUAGCAUGGCCCCAAUAACAAUGUAAACAUCUGGUAGGGGACACGUACUGUUUUAAAAAAAUUAUAUGUACAAUAAAAUACUUUGUUAGCAUACCUGUGGUCUAUCUGUGGAUCUUUAUCAACCUAAAUUAAGAGAAAUGUAUAUAUCAUUUCUUUGAAGAUUCACAGAAACUUUGAAUCUUUUAUAAAACAGUGGCUAACUCAAAAACAAUUAAUAUUUUAUCUUUCAAAUUAUAUCGAAUCAAUUUAUGUUCUAAAGCUUUCAAAUCUCUGGACGUGCCGAAGCGACGUCUGCAAUCUACAUUCACAGCUAGCGAUACUACCAAAAAGCCUCUCAGUUUCCGAACGCACAGCUCGUAAAGUUGUUCUUGGAACGAAUUACCCCUACUCUCCUCGGAUCACCCGGAUCCUCACUCAUACUAGUGCUCCCCACCACCAAAAUCGUGGUUAUUUCUUUCAGAAAAAUUUAAUAUAUUGACAAGUUCGGCUUCCUCAUCUCUCUACACAGUCAGCAAGAAUUAUCACUUAUAAAUAAAAGUCAAUAUUUUCUGUCAAAAGUUGUUUCGUAAUACUAUUCAAUACUAAUUAAAAUGUUUCUGAAACCUUUCAAAGUGAAAUCUAAUAAUCAGCUAAAAGGAACCGAUAGG